AUGUCGAGCCAACAGUGUCUCCGCCGCCUGCCCAGUGCAAUGCGCGCCUCGGCCCUGCGCGCAGGUGCUCGCGCCGUUGCCCGCACACCUGCCCAGCGCAGCUACUCGGCCAUCUCGAGGGCCGCGUCCUCUGGCCUCCUGAGCCAGGCCUCAAGACGACCUGCACAGCUCGCGACACAACGCCUGUGCGCGCUCGACCAGAUACGAGGCUACGCCGAUGUCACCACCGUCAAGGUCCCCGAGAUGGCCGAGUCCAUCACCGAGGGCACACUGAAGCAAUGGUCGAAGCAGGUCGGCGACUACGUGGAGCAGGACGAGGAGAUUGCCACCAUCGAGACCGACAAAAUUGACGUUUCCCUGAAUGCGCCCCAGGCCGGUACCAUCAAGGAGUUCCUCGUCAACGAGGACGACACCGUUACCGUUGGACAGGACGUUGUCAAGCUCGAGGUCGGCGGUGAGGCGCCAUCUGGUGGAAAGCAAGAGGCCAAGGAUGAGCCCAAGGAGCCUGCCUCCAAGGAACAGGAGACUUCAUCGCAGCCCUCUGGCGAGCAGGAGCAGUCCAAGCAGCAAGAGCACAAGCAACAAGAGCCUGCCAAGCAGGAGUCGAAACCUGAGCCUCCCAAACAAGAGUCGAAGCCCCAGCCACCCAAGCAGCCCGAGCCCAAGAAGGAGUCGAAGCCCGCGCCCAAGGACGAGUCGAAGCCGGCCCAGCCCGGCAGUCGUGCAGAGAACCGCGUCAAGAUGAACCGUAUGCGUCUCCGCAUCGCUGAGCGCCUAAAGCAGUCCCAGAACACCGCCGCCUCCCUCACCACCUUCAACGAGGUCGACAUGUCGUCCAUCAUGGAGUUCCGCAAGCUCUACAAGGACGAUGUCCUCAAGAACAAAGGCGUCAAGCUCGGCUUCAUGUCCGCCUUCUCGCGCGCCUGCAUCCUUGCUAUGCGGGACGUUCCAGCCGUCAACGCCUCCAUCGAGGGCCCCAAGGGCGGUGACACCAUCGUCUACCGCGACUACGUCGAUAUCUCCGUCGCCGUUGCCACAGAGAAGGGUCUUGUCACCCCCGUGGUCCGCAAUGCCGAGGGCCUCGACAUGGUCGGCAUCGAGAAGGCCAUCGCCGAGCUCGGCAAGAAGGCCCGCGACAACAAGCUCACCAUUGAGGAUAUGGCCGGUGGCACCUUCACCAUCUCCAACGGCGGUGUCUUUGGCUCGCUGAUGGGCACACCCAUCAUCAACCUUCCCCAGACCGCCGUUUUGGGCCUGCACGCCAUCAAGGAGAAGCCUGUCGCCAUCAACGGCAAGGUCGAGAUUAGGCCCAUGAUGUACCUCGCCCUCACAUAUGACCACAGACUGCUCGACGGCAGGGAGGCCGUCACCUUCCUCGUCAAGAUCAAGGAGUACAUUGAGGACCCCAGGAAAAUGCUGCUUUAA